GAAGACUUAUUGGGAACACCGGAAUCGCUUUCACGACGGAGAUUGCCGGGGAAAAUGCCUAAGUUUUACUGCGACUACUGUGAUACCUACCUCACUCAUGAUUCGCCAUCAGUGAGGAAGACUCACUGCAGUGGCCGAAAACACAAGGAAAAUGUGAAGGACUACUACCAGAAAUGGAUGGAGGAGCAAGCUCAGAGCCUGAUCGAUAAAACGACGGCCGCCUUUCAACAGGGAAAGAUCCCUCCCACGCCGUUCCCCGGUGGCCCUCCCCCAGGUGGUCUUCCUCGGCCAGGCAUGCUCCCAACGCCCCCCAUGGGAGGUCCGCCCAUGAUGCCCAUGAUGGGGCCGCCACCUCAUGGAAUGAUGCCCGCUGGACCCGGAGGCAUGCGGCCGCCGAUGGGAGGACCCAUGCCGAUGAUGCAGGGGCCGCCACACAUGAUGCGUCACCCUCGCCCCAUGAUGAUGCCGGUCCGGCCGGGCAUGAUGCGACCGGACAGAUAAGACCGGCCGGACGCUCUCCGCUCUCCGUUGCCACAAACAGACACUGUCUCGUGAGGACACUUGGGUUAACACUUGGAUUUUUCAUUGCGCCCUUUUUAAAUUUAUACAACGUCCGUCUUCUUCAACCUCAAACGUGAACUCCCCGAUGUAAUUAUGUCUACUUUUUGUCUAAUUACUUUAUUUUCCUGUGCUGGUAUUUAUGACUAUACGCCUCCCCAUUUAAAUUUGUUUUUACAUCCCUGUUUAAGACUUCUUUUUUUUUUUUAUUUUAAUUAAACGUCUUCUCGUGUUAGUAUCAAGUUUGAAACAUCUCGUCUCACUUUGACAAAACUGUUCAGCGCACACAGUUACAGAGCGUCUUUGAUAUGACAAUAUUUGUUGGUAUAUUUUUUACUUUUUGUUUUAGGUUUUUACAUAUUUGUUAUUUUUCAUUGCAAUGCUUUGAGAAAUAAAACAGUGAUUUCAAACCUGG